UGUAGGUACAUGUUAUCUCGAGGAUAUAAUCGACCCGUUCAAAGUUUAGCUUAUUGUUAUUUGUCUUGGAAGAAAUGACACAGAAUUGUUUGUAAAACUGCAGUCCUGUUGAAAUAGCACAUGCUUACAGGCGAGAGUACCGUCCCUGCAUGGGAAGCAACUGAAACAUGGAUGGCUAUCUUGAUUUCAUUUGCACACUAUUGGUUGUCGUGCAGGUAUGCGUUGCAUUAAUUAGCCAGCCGGUCUGUGACGAAUUUAUCGAAUUCAAACAAAGUGUUGGUGAAAACGCCUGGAAAUGUGUCCCCUGCACCAGAUGUGCUCCAGGUAAUGGGACCCUUGUCGAGUGUUCUGGCUUCAAUGACACGGUUUGUACGCCUUGUGAAGAUGGGAAAACAUUUUCCUACGACUACGUUGAUUCACGCGACUGUCUCCCAUGCAGCGCGUGUUACGAAAACAGCGUGAUUCUGAAGCCUUGUGACGUAUAUCAUGACGUCGAAUGUGGUAGUUGCAAAAAAGGGUAUUAUUUCAGCGCCGAAUUGGGCAUUUGUGUGAGGAAUUCCUCCAUUCGGCAUACCGCUGUAAAGACCGUGGUUAAAGCAUUCAUCAGGCAACCAAAAUCUCAAGUAUCGGGUUUUAUCAAUGAGACAAGCAAGCCAAAAUCUGAAUCUUCGGGUUUGAUCUCUAAUGCUGUAAUCGACAAGCCAGAAGCAAAGGACGUCAAGGUGAACGAACGUGCCCCACACGUGGUAACAAUUGACUCUCCCAAUAGGAUAGAGAUCGUAACACUCAUUAUGGUGUGUCUUUACCCUAUUAUGUUGUUUGUUCUUACUAUUAAAAACAAGCUAUCUAAGAAAGAAACUUUAAAUUUCGCAACUUGCAUUGCAUAGAUAUUUUAAAAAGUUGACAAUUUUUCAAUGUCGUAUGUUAUUUAUAUUAUUUAUUAUAAUUAUUAUUUCCAAACUUGCAACCCGAGGGUUGGAUAAUUACAAUAAUUGUAUCACAGUCGGAUAAAACCAUUAGUAAGUAAGAACAAAAGAAUAUUAAAAGACAUAUGUAAGCAAAUUUAAAACAAAAUGUCUAAAAUGCAAGGUUAAGAAAAAGAAAUAAAAGUCUAUCAGAUAAUUCUGAAACUUGUAUAUGGCACUUGUUAAAAAGUCACUCAUUGAUCGUUUGGUUUUAAUUUUAGGUCUUCUAAAAGUUUCCUGUUCCCUCAGUGAAUAUUUGGCAUUUUGUUUUGGUUGCAAAAGAUAAUGCAGUCUAUGACCCGGUUCAUUUGAUAUACUAAUAAACAAUUUUUUGCAUGCAUUGAUCCGUCUUUCACCCAGUAGUUCAAGUUUACUAUGUUCACAAGCAGCGUCAUAUUCAAGUUCAGGAUAAAUUAUCUUAAGAGCUCUUUCUUGACACUUUUCUACUAA